CGCAGAUCUGCCUGCGACUCUUCAUUGUGGUGGCAGACUUGGAGGUGUGUGGUACUAGAUCUCCCUAAAGGUCAGCAUCAUAAUUCAGUGCGUAGUGGUGAACACUUCUCCACGUUCGUUUUUAACUCUGAGCCGUCGUUAUGGAAAAGACUGUAUGGGUUGUACUUCUGGUGAUGGUGGCUCUAUUGUCUACUAUGCCUUCGCCGGGGAAAUCUGCAAAUAUAUUUUCUGCCUUUGGCCGCGGUUUUGAACACCAGGAGGAAAUCAAGUAUACAACGAUGAAGCUGAAACAGACUGAAGGACUGGAAGAAAGAAGGAUUCCCGCAAAAACGUGGGUGUGCACGAACCAACCUCCGGCAGAUGACCCUGAAAGUAGUCAGUUGACAGUGUUCCUCAGGCUCUUUGGUUACCUUGAUGGGGAAAACAACAAAGGGGAGCGGCUGCCUAUGGGCAUUCCUGUGUCCAUCGAGGCAACGGGUACACAGGAAAACAGGAAUCUCACCGCUUGUUUCUUCUUACCGGAGAAGGUCCAGAUUGACCCGCCAACACCUACUGACCCUACGGUUACACUCUUGCAUCGACCAAGCCUCACCAUCCUAACCAGGCAGUUCGGAGGAUACCCAAACUCUGAAGCCACUUGGGACGCUGAGACAGACAAACUCAAGACGUUAGUGUCAUCAGCCGGUAUAAGCAUCGAUCCCAAUCUAGUUUUCUGGAACGCAUAUGAUCCUCCACUCAAAUUCUGGAAUCGCAGAAAUGAAGUAUGGUUAGUCAAGACUUGAUGAACUUUCCCCGUUUACAAAACCUUUACUUUAAUCGCAGGGGUGAAAAAUUCAUGAUAUGACGCUGCAUACAGAUUCAAUAAAAUUUGUGAG